CGUUGUUGACGUAAUAUUGGACCUGGAAGUUCAACGGUUUGCUUCUUUGCGCAUGCGUCCUCAGAGCUAUGACAAAUUGUACCGCUCCUCGGUAUACAACCGUAUAUUACAGUAUGAGGAGCGCAGAGUAUGGUAUUGACUUAGACUGAUAAAAAUAUCAUGACCCGGUUCUUCAGCGGUCACAUUUGCUAAGUUAGCCGUAACCGUUGGCGCAGCUAAAGCUAGCUCGGUCGUGUCUGUUGUUGUUGUUGUUGUUUACACGUCGCCUUGUCCACUAAAGUGCCUGAAACAAUGCAGAGAGUGAGAUAUUUAAAGAGUGGCUGGCAGCUGCUAAAAUCAAGCUGCGAGGGAGCAGCAAAGCAAGCGAACACCCAGUCUUCGUCCUCAAGAUGUUAUAGCCAUGCAAGCAGCUCCUUCGGGCUCCUCUUUGACAUUGACGGGGUGCUGGUGAGAGGCAAGACUCCGAUCCCUGCAGCCAAGCAGUGCUUCAAAAACCUGGUGGACCGCAGCGGAAAAUACAAGGUCCCUGUGGUGUUUGUCACUAAUGCUGGGAACUGCAUGAGGCAGACAAAAGCGGAACAUCUGUCACAUCUGCUUGAGGUGGAGGUGUCUCCAGACCAGGUGAUGCUAUCCCAUAGUCCUUUGCGAAUGUUUACCCAGUUCCACAAAAUGCGUGUGCUGGUCUCCGGACAGGGUCCAGUAGAGGAAGUCGCUCAUAACCUGGGCUUUCAGGAUGUUGUUACUAUAGAUGUGCUCAGAGAAGCGUACCCAGUCCUAGAUGUUGUGGAUCACAAUAGAAGACCCAAAGAUGUUGUGCCGCCCACUAAAGGUUUACGGCCAAUAGAUGCUGUUGUUUUAUUUGGCGAGCCUAUUAGAUGGGAGACCAACCUCCAGCUUAUUGUUGACGUGCUGCUAACUGGUGGGAACCCAGGCAGCACUUGGAGUUCAGCGCAUUAUCCUCACAUCCCCGUCCUGGCAUGCAACAUGGACCUGCUGUGGAUGGCAGAGGCCUGGAAUCCCCGGUUUGGUCAUGGUAUGUUCCUGGUGUGCUUAGAGUCUCUGUACAAGAAGGUCACAGGAUACGAACUCAAGUACGAGGCUCUGAUUGGGAAGCCCAGUGUGGUGACUUAUAACUACGCUGAGCUGCUGAUUAGACAACAGGCUGAAAGACUUGGCUGGAACACGCCUGUGAAGAGGGUGUAUGCUAUAGGUGAUAAUCCCAUGGCCGACAUAUAUGGCGCAAACCUCUACAAUCGCUACCUCCAGUCUUCUCGUCACACCAAGGCACAGAUGCAGGCUCAGAGUGCUGGUGGAAGUAUAGAUCCCUCAGCUGUUGACAACACCCCUAAAAUGACAUCAGCAGAACUAGGUGGAGCUUCAGGUGUGGUAGAAAGGGAUCUGCCCGAGGGAUGUAGCUCAAUCCUGGUGUGCACAGGAGUGUACAGCAAAGACCAACAGGAGCUGCUCUCAGACCCAACGCAAACAGUCACAGAACAACGCAUCUUCCAUGGUCACAGAGACUUCCGCUUCGAUCCCAGCCUCACUCAACCGUCCUUCGAGGUGCAUGAUGUGAAGGAGGCGGUUGAGUUGGUAUUUAAGCAGGAAGGCUGGCCACUACAGUAGGGCUCUCCAUCUCAUAGUCUGAUCUUUCACGAUUAGCAACAGGUUAUCAAACCAUUCCCUUGAUUAUUACAGGGGAGAAGUAGGUGUUACUAUGUUAUAACGAGCGAUAGAGUCAGCUGUGAAAAGGAAUAAUAUGCCGUUUUAACAUCGAAUACAUAGAAGUUUUUUUUUUUAAAAUCAGUCAUCCAUAAUAGUGCAUCAGACCACUGCUGAAUUCUUUUAAAAAAGUUUAAGUUUUCAAUAAUAGACAUCACUGUUUCUGAGUCAAGGAAUUCAGGUUUUUGAGUACAUACAUUAAGUUGUUGAAUUACACAUUUUAGUACUUUAAGUAUUGAUAAGCUCACGGGUGGAUUUCAGGUGGAAUUCCUCCACAGUUACAUCUUUCCAGCAAGUCUAGACUGAUUCAGAAAGAGCUGUACAAAGACACAGUUUUGUGACAUUACCACUUCAGGCAUUUGCACAGUCAAAAAAAAGACACCCCUAUAGGUCCUCAUUUGUUUUUACUGCUGUCAUAUUUUACCUAAUUAUUUUUUUAAACAUGGAUGUAUAAGCUCUAUUUAAGUUGCCAGCUAUGAGUGUAUUACAUCAUUUUUUUAC